CACCAAACCAACACUUCAGACAUGUCUUCCAUUUCCACUCAAUUGAUGGAUUCUUUUGAUGUUACCGCCGACGACUCGGUGACUCUAACCCAAAUUUUGACCAGAAUCGAUUCAUCAAAUGUGACCUUAUCAGCCACCCCAGGAGCCGGAGAGACGCGGAUCGCGGAUUACCUCACUGCAUGGCUCGAACAUCGGGGUAUUGAGACUCAUCGAAUUGAGAAUGUUCCCGGCCGUCCAUCUAUUGUUGGUGUGAUCAGAGGAUCUGGUGGCGGAAAGGCUCUAAUGCUUAAUGGCCAUAUCGAUACAGUUAGUUUGACCAGCUACGAGCGUGAUCCUCUAUCUGGACAUAUCGGAGAGAAAAGCGGGCGCCCUGUCAUUUUUGGCCGAGGCGCGUUGGACAUGAAGUCUGGGCUCGCCGCCGAAAUGGCAGCCCUUGCGGCUAUUAAGGCCAACAAGGCCCCCCUUCGCGGGGAUGUCAUCUUCGCCGCCGUGUCGGACGAAGAAGAUGCGUCUCAAGGCACUCGAGACCUGAUUGCCUCGGGCUGGCGCGCUGACGGCGCGGUUAUUCCGGAGCCGACCAACCGCGUCCUCAUUACGGCCCAUAAGGGCUUUGUGUGGGCCGAGGUCGAUAUCCUGGGAACUGCAGCUCACGGCUCUGAUCCGGCCUCGGGGGUGGACGCGAUCCUGCAGGCUGGAUGGUUUCUCACGGCUCUUGAAGAAUACCAAAGCCAGCUACCAGUUGAUGAUAUGAUUGGGCCAGCAUCGUUGCAUUGCAGCUUGAUACACGGCGGUGAAGAGCCCUCUUCAUACCCGGCGAAGUGCACCGUGACCGUCGAGUUCCGUACUAUUCCUGUCCAAAGCGACGAAUCGAUUUUGUCCGACCUGAAAAAUAUCCUAGGCACAAUCGCCCAAACCAAACCUACCUUCCGAUAUAACGAACCUCGACUGACUUUGUCUCGUCCGUCCUACAAACUACCGGUCGAGCACUCGCUUGUUCAGCAGACAGCGGCGAUUGCUCAGGAUGUGUACGGCAGUCUGCCGUCAAUUGAGAGUAUGGCGAUCUGGUGCGACGCGGCUCUUCUUGCCGCUGUAGGGAUCCCUACUAUUGUGAUCGGCCCGGCAGGCCAAGGGCUACAUGCAAAGGAAGAAUGGGUUGAUGUGCAGAGCAUACGGGAAACGGAAAAGAUUUUCGUUCGCCUUAUCUCCGAGUUUUGUAACUAGACAUGGUUAUUCCAGGAUAAUCUAGAUUCAGAAAUAAUGAUGAUUCAAAGCUCAUCGCGG